AUGUCGGCGACUAUCACUACUGAGGUCGCACCUCCAGAAAUCAGAAUUGUCGAAGCCAUCCUAGAAGAACCUGCCACAGCACACUUGGCUCGUACCGGCGCAGCCCUUGAUCCGCCGGGCUUGCCUAGGUCGACCGCAGCGGCCGCAACACGCGAACACAAUCCCUCUUGGUGGCCUACGGACCAUCGGCGAAUCCCAGAUUAUCGGUCGGCAGGCUAUCAUCCUGAAUGGGACAGACUCACCAGUAGCACACGAGAAGCCGUCAUGGUGACAAUGAUGUUUCGAGGAUGCGAGAUUUUACGGGUGAGUCUUGGGCUGAAAGACCUGUCAGAUGGCAAGACACUGGCUGACUUGGUGCUCUUUAGUUUCUGGAAGGCAUGCCGAGGUGGUUGGGAUUGGACUACAAUUAUUGGCACUAUCGAGUCGCCGGAGAGUGGUGACUGUCCAUCAGCAUAG